AUGUGGCGGCACGCGAUUGCAGUGCGCGUGGGACGCUUAAACAAGGUAGAGCAGUGCACUAUACGCUCCCCCCGUGCGUCGCUCGGCUUCUCCCCUCUGCGACCCAAGCCCGUGGCUAAGCCGCCCAGCAAGAAGCCCAGGCCCAGGGAUGUGAUGGGUACCGCUGCUGCUGUGAAGCCCAGAGCGGUGCACAGCGGUCAAGCGACCGUCGCAGCUGCAGCAGCCAAAGCCACGCCAGUCAAGGCGACGCCAGUAAAGGCGACGCAAGCCAAGGCGACGCCAGCCAAGGCGACGCAAGCUAAGGCGACGGAAGCUAAGGCAACGCCAGCUAAGGUGACGCCAGCCAAGGCAACGCCAACCAAGGCGGCGCCUGCUAAGGCGACCCCAGCGACACCAGCUAAGGCGACACGUGCAAUCAAUGCUGCCGUGGUUGACGUGAAGGCUGUAGAGAUGGGAGGAGAGGUGGGGGAAUGUGGUGAGCUGGAAUGGGGAGGCAUGGCAUGA